ACCAGCAGAUACGAAACGGGUCCUUAGACCAAGAAUUAAGAAACGGUCACGUUAGACCAGAAAAUAACCGGGAAUUAGGAAAAGGUCACGUUAGACCAGGUGGUACGAAGGCCUAACAUACACCAUGUAUCCGAUGUUGGUCUUCGUCACAACCGUCGUUUGUUGCGGGAGUAGCAGGAGCUUCCAUUUCUGCUUCCAUCAUGAAAUCAGUCAUCUACUCAUGUAGCUAGUCGCUAGCUAAGUUAGCAUCCUGGGCAUCACUGGGAAUCAAAAAUAAAGGCGGCUUUGAGAGCACUGACUUGAUUAACCAAUGAUUUAACUUCAAGCUAGCACCACUGAUUCAACCUGCUCGCUUGGAGUCUGAGUUCCACCACAGUCCUCGACGUUGGUCUCAUGGUUCAUUUUUUUAUAAAGAUAUAUUUGAUUUUGUGGCGAGUAACGAAGGUUUCAGGGGAAAUGUAUUAGAGUAAAAGUAUCAGUUUUCUUUGCAAAAUGUAGUAACGUAACUUCGUUACUGUACACAACUGGAAUAGAGACUGGAAAUAAGAAACAUUCACAUUAGACCAGGAAAUAUGAAACGGUCACGUUAGACCAGGAAAUAAGAAUCGGUCACGUUAGACCAGGAAAUAAGAAACAGUCACAUUUGUUACCGAAAAGACACAACAAUAGCAUGUGUCAAAUAAAACAAAUAAUGCAGUUAAGUUAUUAUAAGUAUCAUAACCUCAGCGAAACGUUUACAUUUGACCUCAUCUGUUUUCCAGCUUCUCAACCCAAAUUUCAUCCAGGAAGGCAAUAAAAGCAUCUGAAAUACUGAAUAGCAACUGUCAUCCUUCCGUGUGUAACACUGUAAUACCCAUUUUGGCCACAAGAGGCUGACGUGAACCAUUCCAGGCGAAAUAUUCAGACGAUGGCUCCAGAGUUCCUCGUCGCUCUGUCGGACGUGGUGUGUGCGUUCGGGGAGACCGUGGUCCUCUGCUGUAAAGUGUGUGGACGACCCAAACCCUCCGUCACCCUGAAGGGCCCCGACCAGAACCCCGUGACCAGCAACAACCGCUUCACCAUCGACAUCAGGGACACAGGCGACAUCUUGUUGAAGAUCUGCAAUCUGAUGCCUCAGGACACCGGCAUCUACACCUGCGUAGCCGUUAACGACCACGGCUCCGCCUCCUCCUCCGCCUCCAUUAAAGUGCAAGGUGACGGUCACGGAUUAAAAGGAGCAUUUCACCUUAGUCAGCGCUAGAUUAGUUUUUCUCAGAUGGGUAUAUAUUUAUAUAUAUAUUUAUAUAAAUAUAUAUAUAUAAAUUUAUAUAAAUACAUAUUUAUA